CGAAGGGUAGAGCCUCUUCAGCGCUCUCUUGCGUCCCUUUCAAGGCUUCAUGUGCUUGAGCCAACUUUAUCGCUGCCGUCAGAUUCCACUAGGUAGAUCCCAAGGCCAUGGCAGCAUUUGUGCCCAGGGCGCUGACAAAGCCGCAGAAGGUCCCUCUCCCAGGCAAGCUGGUGCGCAAAGCGGGCGGCUUGGUUGAUAAACGCAGCUUUUCGAAGGAUGUCAAUGCCACCGGAAAAGCCCAUACAGUAGGACAAGUUGACGUCCUUAGUGAGGAGGGCAGGGGUGGUGUAGCAGAACGAGCUCCUUCACACUGGCAGGCUAGCUCAUCAGGGAGGGGGACGUUAGACAAGAAGAGGAUGGGCUUGGCGGAAAACCAAGGGCUUGAGGAUGAGGAUGAUGGGCCGGAGGUGCUCCAGAUAGAGAAAAACAAACAGCAGGCGAAAAGGAGGAGGGUUGAGCCCCAGUGUGAUGAGAGCAAUGCUUUAGAAAGUGCAGAAGUUCGAGCGUCCAAGAAAAGUAGAGAUGUCCUGAACGGUGCAAGCUCUAAGCAGGUGUCUUCCGACGUGGCGGAGGUUGUCAGUGAAAUGGGGAUGGGCCAAUCGGCUACAGGGAAUGGUGUUCCAUUUGAGGCUUCUGAGCAGAUCAGAAAGGAGACGGUGGGGGCGCCAGCAGAUGAUUCUGUGACUGGGCCUGAUGAGACUCCUGCAUCUAGAGAAAAUGUUGACAGUGAUCUGCAUAACGUCCAAACUGGAGCGGUGAUGAUAGAGAAUGAUUGCGGAGGUGGUCGCACAAACGGUGUCGCAGGCAAGGGGGCAGGGAAACAACGGGACAACUACGCAAAGAAGGUCUUCCCAUAUGGCAAUUACAACCGGUACUAUGGCUAUCGCUUUGCCAAGACACUAUCAGAGGACCCCCGGUUGAGCUUGUUCCAAAAGGAAUGGUUUCAGGGGAAGGCGUGCCUGGACGUGGGUUGCAACGAAGGCUACGUCACCAUCGCUGUAGCUCAGAAGUUUGAGUGUGGGAGCAUGGUGGGCGUUGACAUAGAUGGAUCCCUAGUUGCCAAGGCCAAAAGUCACCUCAAGCGAGAAGCCGCCAUCCUGCGCCAAGCCAACAAGCCGCAGCGGGCGCGGCUCGAACUCGCUGGUCAAGCUGACCACCCUGGGGUUAGGCAAACCCUGCUAUGGGGAACACAGAGCAGCCGCUCACCAGAAGGGCCGCUGAGACAAGAAAAGCGGAGGCGGCUAGCUCAGGGGUACGAUUCGGGUCACCCCCCUGAAUCUGAUAUUGGCGAAACUGGUCGAAGGGUCGUUUCGUCCACCUCCGAGCAAGUUUCGACAGUCGGGGGUUUCGAAGUCGUCGGAGAAGGGGGUGGUGACGGCAGUGGCAGAGGUGCGGACGAGGCCGCUGACGUCAGCAGUCGAGGUGCGAACGGAAGUGCUGACGUCAGCGGAGAAGAGUCGGGCAGAGUCGUUGUCAGCGGGGUUCCCGAGCAGACGGCCGACGGAACCCUCGGAUCUUUGGGAGAAGCCUCUCUGCAUUCUAGGUUUGCACAGGAGGGCGAGAAGCCGGAGGGUUUAGGUUUGGUUGGGUUAACCGAGGGUGAGAACGGGGACGUAAAGGAAGAUGUUUUGCUUGAAACGGUUAUGCUUGAAGGAAAAGGGGAGGGUAUGGCGGAGGGCACAUUAGAUGAGCGAGAAACAGAGGGAGAGGUGUCGACGAUCGAUCCACCAGCCAGUGAAGCCACGGGAUUUCUUUCAAGUGAAGUAAGGGAGUGCCUCGGGGGCGGAUCGGCGUUGGAAAGGAAGCGGUUUUCGCAGAACGUGCAGUUCCGGAAGGAGAACUUCGUCGUUAGCCCGGUCGAGGAGGAGAAGUACGACGUCGUGAUGAGUCUGAGCGUGGUCAAGUGGAUCCACCUCAACUGGGGCGACGACGGCCUGCUGCGCUUCUUCUCAAAGGUCUACAAGAGCCUCAAGCCCGGGGGACUUUUCAUAUUGGAGCCGCAGCCCUGGAAGUCGUACAAGAGCAACCGGGCAGUCUCGGAGACGACGCAGCGGCACUUCAAGGAAAUUAAGAUUUUGCCGGACCAGUUUUCGAACGUCCUCCAAUCAAAGAUUGGGUUCCGCAGUGCGGACAUCGUCACGCCCGCCGUUCCUGGCAGUAUAGGAGGAUUCGGAAGGGCGAUCUAUUUGUAUCGUAAGUAGGGAGCAAUUCUGGUAGAUUUGUCCAACUCGGUUUUUACCACGAAGAUUUAACAACACAAGUGCUAGUAUAAGAGGCCGCACUGAAGAUGGAGACAGAGAGUUUUUCUUCGGGCCAGAGUCAGCAACGUUCCCACUUACAACAAGGGCAAAUGAAGCGCGCAUACUUCGAUAAACAGUGAUGUUGAUUAUCUAAUUCAAUCUGUCCUUCCGGGCCCAUAUCAAUGAUACUCCG